UCCUCCUCCUCCUCCUCCUCUUCCAUCCUGGGUGUGGCCGCCUAUUUGCGCUCUGCUGCAGCUGCUGCGGCGAUGCCUCUGCUGCCUCCCUCUUCUUCCUCCUCCUCUUCUUCCUCCUCCAUCGGCUGAGGCCAGGCUUAACUGGACCGGGACCUGGUGCUGCUCCUUUCUUCUGCUUUUCGCGGAUCCGCCUUCUGGAGAGGGAUCCAGCCGUGCGUCAAAGCGCGCCGGGAGACUUGGCUGUGCGUAAAAAGGCAAAAGGAGACCUUCUCCGGCCUUGGGGCGGCUUCCAGGCGGGGACUGGGCCCCUCUCUUUCCCCAGACCCUUCCCCAGACCCUUCUCCCCUUCCCCGGCCAUGAGGCUUCCUCCAUCGCCCCUCUCCCCCAGAAGAAGCCCCCCGGGAAGCCUCCCCGACUUGCCUGGCGCGCCCGGCUCUCUGGCCUGAGACCCGCCGGGUCUUGCAUCCAGCCUCUGCUGGGAUUUGCCUCCCCGGCUGCGGAAAGAAGGAACAAGACACUGCAAGACCUUCCCCGCUUUCCUUAGAUCCAUUAUUGUGCUUCUGGAGCCCCCUCCUCCCUCUCCUCCCUUGCAGACUGGAUCCACUCUGAAUCCUUCCCAGAGAUCUCUUUUGCUUCCCUUGAAGAACACAAAUCUCUCCUCCCUUGUUUCUUCCGGAGCCAGACUGGAUCAACUCUGAAUCCUUCCCAGAGAUUUCUUUUGCUUCCCUUGGAGAACACAAAUUAAUUGCUUGUGGGGUUUGUUGUGACCUUAAUUUAAGUCCUCAGGCAGCCCAGAAGUGAGGACAAGACCUUUCUGGAUCCACAAUUUCUUACAGGAAGAAGGGGUGUUCUCGUCCUUUCUUUGCUUCUUCCUUCAGAUGGAGAAGCUCUGAAUCCUCCCUGGAGAUUUCUUCGGCCUCCUUCCCUUGUUUAUAAAAAGGCAGACAAUCUAAUAUAAAUAAUAUAAUAUACAACUUUAUUUAUAUUCUGCUCUGUCUCCCCAGGAGGACUCAAAUGAAUUGGGUGUUUUGGGGGAUUCUUGUUGUCACCUGAAGCUAAAGAGUGAUUUGGAUUUCAGGUGGGACACAUUGGAGAAGCUCUGAAUCCUCCCUGGAGAUUUAUUCGGCCUUCUUUCCUUGUUUUAAAAAAGGCAGACAAUAUAAUAUAAAAUAAUAUAAUAUACAACUUUAUUUAUAUUCCGUUCUGUCUCCCCAGGAGGACUCAAAUGAAUUGGGUGUUUUGGGGGAUUCUUGUUGUCACCUGAAGCUAAAGAGUGAUUUGGAUUUCAGGUGGGACACAUUGGAGAAGCUCUGAAUCCUCCCUGGAGAUUUAUUCGGCCUUCUUUCCUUGUUUUAAAAAAGGCAGACAAUAUAAUAUAAAAUAAUAUAAUAUACAACUUUAUUUAUAUUCCGUUCUGUCUCCCCAGGAGGACUCAAAUUAAUUGGGUGUUUUGGAGGAUUCUUGUUGCCACCUGAAGCUAAAGAGUGGUUUGGGUUUCAGGUGGGACAGAUUGGGGUGCCUUUUCCUGGGUGCAUGUUUUAGGCCUGUAAUGUAAGCUUUGGGAAAGAAGGAGCGGAGGAGGAGACCGAGGAGACGGAGGGAGGCGGCUUCAUUGUCUGCCUGGCGGAGAGAAGGAGGGAGAGGAGGAGGGAGGGCAGGGCAGGGCAGGUACUCCGAGGUGGAGGGAGGAGGAGGAGGAGUGCUGGACCCGGCCGACAAGAUGGCCUGGCCAUGCAUCAGCCGGGCAUGCUGCAUCGCCCGCUUCUGGAACCAGCUGGACAAAGCCGACAUCGCCGUGCCUUUGGUCUUCACCAAAUACUCCGAAGCCACCGAGAUCCCCGGCACCCACCUGGUCCUCCAGCAGCAGCCCGUCCAGCCGUCCUUGGCCCUGCCACGCCCGUCUUCGGCCAUUGAGACCCAGCCCACGGCCACUGCUGCAGCAUCCCACGGGGGAGGUGACUCUGGCACCGGGGACCAUGUGGCCACCGCAGGGUCAUCCGGGGCGCUCCACAAAACCAGCUCCAAGGAGCCCCUGGCCCCUGACUCGGUGAUGCAUCAGGACUACAAGGCCUGGAAAUUCCAGCGGCCCGAGCCCAGCUGCAAGCCCAAAAGCGAAUACCACCCGUCGGAGACGCCUUUCGAUAGCGAGAGCCAGUACCAGAAGGAUUUCAGGGCCUGGCCCAUCCCCAAAAGAGGGGACCACCCCUGGAUCCCCAAGCAGAUGCCCAUCCCUCCUGUGGACCUGGACAAGGGCUCCAAGGAAAGGUCUGGAAGCCAAGAGAGGAGGAAGAAGGUAUCAUCCGGCCAGGAGCCAGAGAAACCCAGCAAAGAUGCGGAGGCCAAGCCAAGCAGGCCUGAAGAAGCCAGGGUCAAGAAGGUCAAGAAGCGAGUCCAUGUCAUGGAGGAUGGAGCUGUCCAGCAGCAGCAACAGCAACCACAGUCAGGCUCCUCAGCACCACAGGAGAGCGGCAAAGGGAGAGCAGCAGUGGACGCCCUCAACCAGCAGAUCAAGAAGGAAGUCACGGCCCGGGUGAGCACAUCUUCCUACAGAAAUGAUUUCCGACCCAGGACAGACAGCAAGCCGGCGAAACCCAUCAAAGCAAAGUCGCAGUACAAACCUCCAGCAGAGAAGAUGUUUCACCAAACAAGCUACAACACCCAAUUCACUGCCGAAGGUGCAAAGCCCGGGCCGUCGGAUAACAAAUUCCUCGAACACAGGAGGAUACGCAGCCUCUACAGCGAGCCCUACAUGGAAACAUCGAGGGUGGAGAAGCCGAGCCCGCAGCCUUCUAAACCAAAAAAGACGACCACAAGCCAUAAACCGCUGAAAAAGGCCAAAGAUAAGCAGGUGGCGUCCAGCCGGGCAUCGAAGAAGAAGAGCGCCGAGGGCUCCGGCGGGGCGAACGUGGCGGCCGAGGACAAGGAGAAGAGCAAAGAGAUGAACAAUAAACUGGCCGAGGCGAAAGAGACCCCCGAUAAACCCACCGGUGCUACAGCCAAGGAACCUCGUUCCUUAGGACGGGACCAACCUUCAGGAGUUAACCCCCUGCCCCCCAUUCCUGAGGAAGCGGCUGGGACAAGCAUGUCACUUGCAUGAAAGUUGUAAGGAAUACAAUAUAAAACACAUACACACACACAUACACAUACAUAUCCACAUAUAAAAUCUUAAAACAUUCAAUAAACUGGUGCUGAAUACUCA